AUGAUCGCUUUUCUUUAUAUCUCAGUUUUCCUUUUGGGGAAUUCCUGGACUGGUCUUUGUCAAGAUUGGCUGAAAGUCUCGGAGACACAACUUCUGAAACUCAGAAACGAACACAAUUCCUAUAAUCACUCAAAGUCCGAUAUUUUAUUCCUUAUCGAUACCUCUUAUAGUUUAAGCGACAGUGAUUUCGCGGAAGAGAAGAAAUUCAUUACCAACUUGCUGAAUGUAAUAAGCGUUGGUAUGGAGGCUACCCGAGUUGAGGUUAUUCCCUUUGGAUUUUCCGCGAGCAUUUUCAUAGAUCAAGUGUCUAAACCCGAUUUGGGAAAAAACAAAUGCACCUUCAACGAAAAAUUCAACCCGAUGCCUAGAGGUAACGGUGCUGCAACCAACAUGAAGGCUGCGUUCGAACUUGCAUUCAGUGUUUGCCUCGGAAAUUCCAGCACUCAAAAGAGAACACCACUUAAACAAGUUAAAACUACCGUCAUUCUUCUUACCGAUGGACGUUGGAAUUGGCCUUGGCAGAAUCCUAGUCCUGUUUCACUUGCCGCUCAGUUACAGACCGCUUUCGUAGAGGUUUUUGCCAUUGGUGUAGGAAACAUUGAUUAUAAUCAGCUUAAACAGCUUGUGAAAGACCCAGACAAGCAAGCUUUCCACCUGAAAGACUUCGACCAGUUUUCUGAACUUGCAACGUAUUUAAGAGGGGGUAAGUUAGUUUUAGGUCAAGCUUAAACAGUGUUCUCCCUAAAUUUUAGCUCGGCAGUAAGGGACCAUUCAUGGCCGGUAAGGCAAAAAAAAAAAAAAAUGUGCCAGAGGGGCGUAGUGGAACAUGGCUACAAUCUCGCUGUGAAAUUUAGGAGCUAAGUUCUCUGAAACGUCAUUCCCUCAUUUUAAGACCUAUUUUACACAAAUAAGCCGUUGUUCUCUUUACACAACAGUUGAAAACAUUUGAUUCCAAUAAUUUUACUCUGUCGCCAAUGCUCUCUUUCCUAAAUGGGUGGCCCGUAAAAAGAAAAGCUGUGUAUACUCGAGUACACUUCCAUAUAUUCAUUCAUUAUCUUGAUCGGAUCGGAUCGGAUCGCAACUUUUUUAAAACGACUUAUUUUAUUUUAGUAAACCUUCAAGCAGUUGUAGGCGGUAAGAAGUGUUUCUCCAGACAUUAAAUUCUACCGGUUACCUCCUGCUAAGGAGAACACUGCGUUAAGUCGAGUUAAACAAGUGGACAAUGGAAACGUCGUGGCCUUGCUUUCAACUCAGAAAUCUUUAGAAACACUUAGCCCGCCUCCUUCGACCGACAUUCAUAAGAGUGUUAUUCAUAAGAGUGUUAUGCCGACAUUCAUAAGAGUGUUAUGCGAGUGUUAUGAGUGUUAUUCAAUUUGUUUUCUUUUGGUAGAUUUCCAUAUCUUUCAAGAGCUCAUUUUCGAAACUAUCGUUCGCAUUAGUCCCCCACUCGGCCAAAUGUGUCCAAAUAUGGAGCGUGACGUAAGAAAAGGACAUCGUGCAAAAAUAUGCGAAGAUUCGCGGUAAUGUGUUAUUGUUAAACGGAGAAAAUGGUUGAAAAAUGUGUGGUUUUUGGAUGCAGCAGCUCUCGAAAUAAAGAGAAAGGAAUCAGCAUGCAUAAGAUUCCUUCUUUCAAUGCUUCGUGCUUUGUAAUGGUGUCCUUUUCUUACGUCACAGCUAAAAAGUGUCAAAUAUCAUACGCUUCUCAUUGGCUCGUUCCUAAUGAGCCCACGAGACAAAAAUUUGUCCAGCGGGGCUUAUAGCGCGCAAAAAUGUAAAAGUUUCAUUAACUUUUAGCGCUCAACUCUACACUUUGCACCACGCCUUUUUAAAUUACGUUCGUUAAUUCCUAAUCAUUUUUUAAAUAUAAUUUUUUUUAUAUAAAGGCAAUCUAUUAUUCGGUGAUUGCCGUAACACAAAAAAAAUCCUUAAAAAAAAAUUCCUGCUGUAACAUAAAUUCAAGGGUGAUUUCUCGGUGAAAUGCCAAAACACCGUUCGUCGCGCUUUAAGGAUAUGGCUUUCAUCGAUUGUAUUGUUAAAUAUAUGGUUUGAAACUGAUUGUCCAAAUUUGUCCAAAUUGUCACCUCCCUUUCUCAAACAUUUGUGCCGUCGAAAUUCACUCUCAAAAACAUUCUUGGUUUCUCAAACGAUUGCAAAAAAACAAAAACAAAAACGAAAAGAAUGAUCAAGCUUGUGUAGGUUUAGCGUGGAGUAAGCCCGACACUAGAAGCCUCGAUUCGUUGUACUCUAGUGACCACGAGGCACGAACUGUUUGCUAACCAAGUCGUGGUUGGUGUCGAUUAGUCCGACAAGUCUGAAACAUAAGCGACUUCUGAUUAGUUUUGAUAGUACAGUAUUUCUUUGUAACAACUCACAUUUUAGAAACCCUUACGACGACAAAGGCUGCACCACUUAACGCAAAAGCCAAUAUAAAAAUGUAUCGAGUUGCUUGUGGGGUAGGCGGCUGAAAUAACUAACUGACUGAGAGAUUCGUUACCAUUUUAUAACACAUUAUUAUUUGUUAUUUUCAACACAGAUCCUUACGAGCAGGUAUGGGAGAUAAGAGAAGUGGAUGCUGAAAAAUGCAACAACAAUUGCGACAUAGUAGCAGCUUGUUCAUGCGGUCUAGUGUACGGAGACUACAAAUGCGCAUGCCCUAAAGGGAUGUACGGCUCAGGUGUCAAGGGAGAUUGUGAACGUAAGUGAAAAGUACAAAAGCAAUUAAUAUAAAGUCCGGGAUCGUUAUCAAACUUGAUAACCUCGACCAAAACAAACCACGAGCUAAUCGCUGUUCAAAUUUCCGUUCACGUGACCUAAUUUGGGGGAAGCGUUCUUGAAUUCAAUAUGGCGAACGAGGUCGAGAUGUUUUCAGAAAUAGAUAGGACUACUGCCGAGACAGCAAUUUAUGUACAUGGCAUUUUUUUAUAACAGACAUCUCGCAGUAGUUUGUAAAACUGGUGAAAUUGUAUUUGAGACGCAUUUUUCCAAAUAAGACCUCUGCGGAAAGCUUCGUGUAUUUCAAACAAAUCAGCAAAUUCAUACGUAAUUUGUUUCUACUGAAAUUUUCAAAUUAAAGAGACACAGUGAUGGAAGACAAUGGUUAUUCUUUUAAGGAUAAAGGUUUUAUUUUUAACAUCGUCUACAGAAGUUUGCUUUUUCGAAGUUCAUUCUGCUUUUUUCCUCUUGUCACGAGGAGAUGAUGUCGAUGAUGAUUGUUGUCCAUAGAUCUGUCGAUGAAACAAAAACGGAACAUGCAGGCAAUGAGUAUGCCUUCCAUUGAUUAGCAUAUACAGAUAACUGUUUAAAUUCUUUAUAGCAAUAAAAGGAGGUGGUAGGUCUACACGACUUUUACCUCAUGCCAAAAUGCUGCUUAUUCCAAUAAAGAUGUUUUUAUCUGCUGGGUAGAUUAUGCUCUGGAAGGUUCCACAUUUACGCUGAGCAAAUGUGAUUUUAGCCGCAUGUUUCACACUGAGAGGUCAUGACAUAUCGAAUUUCUGUAGUUAUUGUUUCUGGUCGGCAGGAUUUGCCCUCUGUUGCAAGCGCAUUUUCUUUGACCUCUUUUUGAAGCGUAAAGCUUUUUUAUUACGGCUGAAUAAGGGUUCCAAUUUUCUGGAUCUGAAUAACUAAGCGAGUUUCUUUAGUCCGUGAGUGUAAUGUUUUUCUGCAAUGCUGUAUCACGCUGGGCCCAGCUCGGUAGUUUUCUUUGCAGAAUGUUAUAUUAUCACGGAUAGUGAUUUACAGAUCCCAAAUUAUAAGAAUGAAGUGCAGCGGGGAGGCCCAUAAAAUGUCAAGGAUGGAAGUGGGGCGAACUGGAGUAAAUUGUUUACCUUGGGAGGGUGAGUUUCAACACUGGCUCUGAUAGUUGAAGGUGAGAUGUAGUUAAUCGCCUUUUGGUUGCAUUAAAUUGGAACCCAGUGCUGUGUCAUUAAAAAUGAUUUUCUGGGAUUUAAAUGGGGCUAGUGUGGCUCCGUAUUCACCUCCAUUCGACCCUCCUAAAGGUGUGACCAUAGUCAAAGGAAAUGAGUGUGGUAGUGAAUAACUGCAGGCAAAUAUGCAGCUAACCUGUGCGAUCUUAAAUAAUAAAUGUAAAAAAAAAUUACCUGUGAAGUGUGUCAUUAAUAUCCUGAUUAGUAGUGAGUGAAAAUAACAAGUAAAUGAUGGUAAUUUGCACUUGUUGUAGUACAUAAUCACACUUGAAAACUUAUUGUUUGUACCAGGAAGGUGCAGACAAUCACUUACACUAAAAUAGAAAUUGCAUGCUGCAAAAUCAUUAAGGAUUCAGUUGAGGAGAAUUUUGAAAGUGGUCACGACUCAUGAUUAAUGAAUAUGCACUACCCUUAUUAGCACUGAAUUAUCCCUGUAAAAAGUACCAUAUCCUGGUUUAUGAAAGUGUUCAUAGUUAUUUGUGCAUGAGAGACAAAUACCCAUGCAAGAAUGAAUUUGUAUGAAAUUUCCACAUUCAAUUCAUGUUGAAGCUGAUCAGUUUCUCAAUUCUCGACAUGCAUGAGCUUGUUAAAACAUGUUUGCCAGAGGCAUAGUUUAAAUUCCCAGACUGACAGUCAAAUGUACACUUUCCUUGACCAAGUGAAUUGACAAUUUGUCCAGAUAUUAAUGGCUUCCAAAUUCGAGUCAAAACUUCGUGCACUGGAAACAGAUGAAAUAAAACGAAAGACUUCUUUGUUUCCUGUUCAUGGAAAAUCUAAAUCUGCUUUGUAUUGUUUCGUGGUUUUUUCUCUUUUGGUUUUUGCCAUCUGUGUCCGGUACACAAAAAUGCCCAACCUCCCAUCACAGCCAUCCUCUUCACUUAUUUAUUACAUGCAUUGAUCGUGAAUGUAAAAUGCAGAAUGGAUUUUGAUCUUAAAGAAAAUCCUAUAUCUGCUUGUAGUUUAAUUUCUUGAAACACUAUUCUGCCAAUGGAACAUGCCUUAACUUCGGUGAAUAUGCAGAAAAAUGUGACCUCCCUUUGACUUCUUUGAAAGAGUUUAACUUUCCCUGACUUGUACUGAAAUUCCCUGACUUGUUAAAUUGUUCCUUACGGGGAAAAGAAUUAAUUUUCCUGGCAUUGUAACACAUGCCACACACUACUAUUGUGAGGAGAUCCGAAAUACAGAUGUUCUUUUCGAAUAUUAAUUAAAUAGGGUCAAAAUAGGAGGCCAGCAAUAAUUAAUUUAGUUAUGGUUGACUUGAAAAAAAGAAAGAAAGAAAGAAAGAAAGAAAGGAAAGAAAGGGAGAAAGAGAGAGAGAAAGAACGAAAGAGAAAGAAAGAAAAAAAGAAAGAAAACACAACAACAACAACAACAAAUUAAAACAGCUGUGUGUAUGUAUAAGGCGGGCUGCUAUAUAUAGAUAUAUAUUUUACUUGGUAUGGUUUUGGGGAAGUAAAUGUAAAGGAAAUUGUAAACGAAAAUGUUUUUUAGUGAGGAUUUUGUUUACAAAUGUAACGCUUCCCUACAGCAUGUCACACAUAAUCGGUGUUCUAAACUGUUCAUUGCAAAGUAAAGCUUACAGUAAAACCCAUCGUUGCUCAUGGUUUAAAGGCUGAUCGAGUCCAUUGGAAAGAUAUUCUUGACGUGCAUUGUACAGAUCGUGUAACUCUUGCUGCCUAUCGCUGCAUCGAAGAAGAUAAUUUUGACUGUAAACUUCAAGCGUUUCCCUCAUCUCCUCGUCGCUUUUUGAAGCGUCGGAAGUCGGCCGGCGUUCCCUCUCUUCAUCGGUUUCGCUUGCAGUGUAAUUGUAGUAUUUGUUGCUGCCUCUGUACAUGUUUGUGGUCGCUGUGAUGAAGAUGUUGCCUUCGCUGUGCUAAGCGAUGUUCUCUCUGCUUCUCGGUUGUUUCCUUCGAUCCGCUGUCGAUGAGCUAUAGUCGGCGUUCUCCAGAGUUUCGGUGGAAAAUCUUCGCCGGCGAGGAUUUCCAGCCACUUCUUGUGGUUGCUGUUCUGUGUCAUUUGCAAGGGAAAUUGCCCGUGAUUCACGGAUCAUAAACAUUGUUUCACAUACGAUGAAAAAUCACACCAGCCCUUCAUGAAUGCAACAUGAAAGUGCGCUCUGGUCAUCGGCGGCAAAGUCUAUCUUGCCUGGAAACAAAAAAUGCUCUAUGACGUAACGCUACAUGUCAUUGGCGGACACCAAGCAGAUAUUCAUAGAAAUAUUUAUGGGAAAUCCAAUUUUUGCCGCUGGCGAAGACCACGCGCGGUACACGCGCUCCGCGCUCGUGAAGAUAUAAAAACUUGCUUCGCUAGCCGAGAAUAAACUCACUUAAUACGGACACCUGUUAAUACGGACAACAGACUCUUUUCUAUGUCUCGUUUCACAUACCAUCAUAUAUAGAAAACCUCACUUUACGGACACUGGUUAUCAGCACACAACAACAACAACAACAACAAUCUUUAUUUGUAUUCACUCUUGCUCAAAAAUAAAUUACAACAUUGAAGAUAUUAAAAGUAAAAAUUAGAGUACUAGCUGCCUGAAAUAACCACGUGGGCUAGCUUAGCCAGGUAGCCACUUGACAUCAGCAUUAAAUAAAAUUAAAUUACAGGUCAGCAAGAAAACUGAAACAACAAGUUCACACAUAAAAAGAAAUAGAAAAAAAAGUGAGAAGAGGAAAAACGCUAUUUCUACGCUGUGAAGGAAGUCUAAAAUAGUUAAAUUUAUACUGCAAUGAAUACAAAACAUUAAUAUAAGAAGAACUUGACAAGGUGACAUAAUUUAACAAAGACUAAUUUACAGGUAAUUUGGGAAACAACACAACUGCUAAUAAGAAUACAAGUAACUAAUAAUCUUUGACAAGAUCGCUUUUUACUGAUUCCUGGGUUGAAAAGUAAAUGAAUAACCUGGCAUUUCGAUAUUGGGUAAAAAACUUUGGCCAGCUUUAAGCUUAAUCUCAGUGAGACCCAAUAUUGAGAAAGGCAAAUAUAACCCAGACAGCAUAUGUUGCAAAUUAUCAAAGUUAGCUGGCAGGCUCCUAAUAUUGCAGUGCAAAGCAGAAACGCAUUUGUCAGAAAAAUAUUCAUUUAUAUAAUGAUUAUCAUGAAAUUCAUGAGAAUUAAUAGUACUGAACACUGAUAUCAUAGGGUAAGUGAAGAUCAACAUCAGAGCUAGCAAGAUGGUCUAUACUAGUAGGGGGAGAGGUAAUCUCGAGAAAUGGCAAAGAGGCAGAGUUAAUGUCCUGUUGAAUGUCAAGAACAUCAUUGUUUCUACACCUAAGGCAUUUCAUGACUAUGGUGGUAUCAUUACUUGAGCGUAGGACAUUUCGUCGCCUAUUAUGCGUAAGGCUUUAGCGUUGGUGUUCUGGGGCGCUUUCCAUUCGACCAAAAAUUCCGGAAAUUCCGGGUUUGGAAGCGAAUAGAACAGCUAUUUUCCGGAAUUUCAUUCCGAAAUUUUGGGUGCACCUCGCGAGGUUGGCCUAAAAUUCCGGAAAAUCGGAAUAACCGGAAAAUUCCGUUCCAUUCGACCAUUCCUCAGUGCUCGCGCCCAGUUUCUCAGAGCCCGGAAAUCGAACUCAACAUG